CCUAACCCUUUUCUUCUUUUCACUCGCAAUUAAAUAAGUGAAAUAUAUUUUAUAUAUAUAGAUAAAGUCGUAUCUCAAUAACGUAUUAUAUAUUUUAGAUCCCCAUACUUUAUAAUUUCAUCAUAAUCUUCAUACACAGUGACCAAGUUCGGUAGUUCCCUUUAAUGGAGUAUUUCGACAAGGUCAAGGGCGUUGUAAAGCUCCGGAGCCACCUAGACAAGUACCUAGUAGCCGACGACGACCGUGAAAAGGUCCGACAAAGCCGAAAUGGGUCAUCAAGAAAAGCCAAAUGGAUCGUAGAAUUUGUUGAAAAUAAGAGCCAUGGCAUACGCCUCAAGAGCUGCCACGGUCACUACUUGGCAGCAACCGACGUGCCGUAUUUGUUAGGUAUGACUGGGAAAAAGGUUUUUCAGUCUCCCGUAGAGAGGGACGAAAACGACGUCGUUCGUGAGGACUGGAAAUACGAGUGGGAGCCCAUAAGGGACGGAUUCCAGGUCAAGCUGAAGAGUUGGUGUGGUAAGUAUCUUCGAGCCAACGGUGGAACGCCGCCGUGGAGAAACUCGAUCACGCACGAUGAACCCCACACGGGUUCGACCCAGAACUGGAUUCUUUGGGAUAUUGAAGAAGCUGAGUUGACCGAUUCCGAGUCCGUCGCAGAUUAUUUAUCCUCUCUGUCGACCCUUUCGUCGGUCUCCGAUGAGGUUUUGAGCGAGCUCGGGUCGCCGGUCGCUUCGGAUAGAUCAUCGUUCAAGUCUCCGAGGUUUUCUUUCAAGUCUCAGAAGAAGCAGUCCCCUAAGUUAAUCGACAACAUCAGCUUUAGGUCAGCAAUGGACAUUUUCCACAGCGCUAAGGCGGUGCGCCUCCGCAGCCACCACGAUAAGUUUCUACUCGCCGAUGAAGACGAGGAAUCCGUGACCCAAGAUCGAAACGGAUCCUCCAAGAACGCUCGAUGGACCGUCGAGUUCGUAUCUGGAUCUGACUCCAUUAUUCGACUUAAGAGCAAUUACGGCAAGUACCUCACCGCCUCGAACCACCCUUUCUUGCUUGGUAUGACCGGUCGGAAAGUGAUUCAGACCCUUCCAAGACGGCUUGAUUCGUCGCUUGAGUGGGAACCCAUUAAGGAAGGGAACCACGUCAAGUUCAAAACCCGGUACGGACACUUCCUUCGAGCAAACGGAGGUUUGCCCCCGUGGCGAAACUCGGUGACCCACGAUAUUCCUCAUCGAACCUCGACCCAGGACUGGAUUUUGUGGAAUGUUGAGAUUGUUGAGAUCGAGGUUCAGUCUCCGGGUGUGAGACCCUCGGCUCCAGCACUUCCUCAUUCCGAUUCUUUGGAUUUCGAAUCGAGUUCGCCUUCAUCGGUUUCAUUUAAAUCUGGGAAUUACUCGAGACAAGAGUCGACUGAUUCUUAUGUGGAUUCGCCACCAAAGUUGGAUGGGAGGACUAUUUAUUACCAUAUAGCUGAUGAAAAUGGUGAAGUGGACGAUGAAUCGGUGGAGGGUUACUCUUUCACCUUUAGGGGUAAUGGGGUUGAUGAAUUGACUCGUAAAUUUGAGGAAGAGACUGGUAUUGAGGGUAUCAUAAUGUGUACUCGGAGCCCUUUGAAUGGAAAGCUAUAUCCACUUCGUUUGCAGCUUCCUCCAAAUAAUGUUACUAUGCAUGUUGUUGUUCUCCUUUCACAGUCAAAAGCGGCCAAAGAAUUAGAAAGCAGAGGUCUAUUAUAGAAUAUGCAACCCGGUGGAGAUAUGAAUGAAAGUUUUGGUAGAAGGAUACGCACCAACUAUCUAUUAAUGUAAAUUCUCAUCUAUGCCCUCUGUUUAUAUGGUAUCUGAAAAUGUCUGAAUCGGUUAUAAGCUAGAAUCUGUUGCCCUCAUCAUGAUCUUCAUAUAUAUAAGGUUCGAGUUUAUUACGUGGUUAGUGGAGGAAGUGUGUUUUGAUGAAGAAAAGGGGGUUCAUUCAGAGCGCUACUGGAGUCUGGAAGCGUAAUCUUAAGACAGUACUCGUGGGGAAGCUUAUUCAAUCGAUUUUGUUGUAACACUUUUCUCAAUCUUUUUGUUCUUUUUUUUUUAUUUCUAUUUUGGUGAGAUCAUACAUUGUCUUGUAGUGUUCUUUAAUGCCUUUGUAUGCCCUGAUGGGUCAAGUUUUCAUUCCCAUGCUUGUUUUUGGGUCUUUUUGGUAGAAACUGUUUGCUGGAGAUUAUUUUAUUCUAUAGAUGAUUUCAUUGCUGAA